UGUGGACUACAUGUGUAUUUUUUCGAUUUGAGAGGGACCCAUUGGACAAUCACAGCCGAUCAAUUCUGUUAAUGAUCAGCCGCUCCCUGUACAUGAGGACAGCGGAUUGUGUGCUCUCUCUGCUUGUAGUGGGAUUUGGGUCUGACGGUGAGGUUGUAGCUGAAUCCGCUCAGGGGGUUUACAGAUUUGAACGCUUUCUGCCUUCAGAGGACCUUCUUGAAGGGUAGUCAUGCGCCUGAUAGGGUCCACUGUCCUCUUCUCUGUCCUGCUGCAGGCUAUGUCUGCUCCGACAGAGGACUGGCAGAUGGCCACGUCUAUUUAUGACUUCUCGGCAAUAGAUAUUGAUGGCAAUUUGGUUUCCUUGGAAAAAUACAGGGGGAAUGUUGUCAUCAUCACCAAUGUUGCCUCUAAAUGAGGCAAAACCCCAGUAAACUACUCUCAGUUUGCAGUGAUGCACGCUACGUACGCUGAGAGAGGUUUGAGCAUCCUUGGCUUCCCUUCUAACCAGUUUGGGAACCAGGAGCCUGGCAACGAAACUCAGAUCAAGGAUUUUGCCCGUUCCUACAACGCUCAUUUUGACAUGUUCAGUAAGAUUGAUGUGAACGGGGACACCGCUCAUCCUUUGUGGAAGUGGCUGAAAGAACAGCCGAACGGGAAAGGCUUCAUGGGAAACAGUAUCAAGUGGAAUUUCACUAAGUUUUUGAUCAACAGAGAAGGUCAGGUAGUGAAGAGAUACGGACCCCUGGAUGAUCCCAGUGUGGUGGAGAAGGAUCUUCCCAAAUACAUGUAAACGCCUAAUGGCUGAUCGAUGCCUCGCUUACUGAUCUUCUGCCCUUUUAGCUCCUUUCUCUACAUCUCCGAGCACCAGUGAAUAUAGAUUGGGUCCACCCCAGACCAGUGACGGUCUGUUCAUAAACCUGCUUGGCGGCCAGAGCAGACCUGAUGAAAAUGGCGUGCAAACCAUCUGGGAGGAUGACCAAGCUUUUUUUAUUUGGUUCUCUGGAGAGAAGUGAUCCUCAAAUACAUUAUCAAUGGUGUUAGUAGAUUAAUGUGUGGCAUUGUUUUCAUAAUAAAAUGCACUAUGAUUUUGCUCUAAUG